UCAUCUUUGGGCGCACCAUUGCGACGCAAGGAAGUUCAAAGCUAUUUCAAGACAAAUUCUGCAGAAGAACCAAGAUGUUUGGCGGGAAAAGGUCCGCCCCAGUCGUCCUUCUCGUGAUGUUACUCCUUCAGGAUGCGCACCGGUGUUUUGCGCAGCUACCGUUACCCAGCGGCGUCGCUUUCCUGGGUAUCGGGUAUAACAUCAUCGAGGGAAACCCCGAGGGGGGCGACAUGGCCACCGGGGGCGUCGACCCCGGACUCCUAGUGAGUCGGUCGAUCUUCGUGAUGACGUACGAAGAGGGUAAGAUCACGAGCGAUGAGAAGUAUAUGAUCCCGGACGAGGUUAAAUAUGUACUUCGAGACAGCUCCUAUACCUCAUCUUCGGCGACAACCUUUCAUAGUACUUCCAGUUAUGCCGAGAAGCUUUCAUCUCAGGUGGAUGUUGGUGGUGGAUAUAGCAACUUGUUUGCUAGUGUUGAAUUCGCCGCAAGCUCCCGUUAUCAAGAAAUAGAAGCGCGAACGGACAGCCAAGGUUACAUUUAUUACGCGAACCAAACCGUAUCGAACAUGGGAAACGCUCGUUACAUGACGGAGCUCGCCGGUCCUGACAAAUACACCCUCAACAAUGGAUUCGUUUCUACCGUAUGCCGUCUACCAACGGCUUACGCUGAGGAUGACUACAUGACUUUCCUCGAUACCUGGGGAACUCAUGUCGUCACUGAGGUGGAUCUAGGAACCAGGGAGGGGAAUAACUAUGAGGAGCAAAGGACGGAAUUCGUCUCGUAUGCUUCAUCAAAUGUCGGCAGUAGUGUAAGCUCUGGAGGGUCAUAUUUGGGCUUCAGCUCCUCGCUUUCGGUUGAUAUGGAUACCUUCAACGCCGGAAUGCAGAGUGGCUCCAGUUUCGGUAGCUUGUUCUCCUCCUACAGGGUUGGAAGCGCUAGCCUCAAUGAGCCAAUCAGCUUGACACUCGUCGACAUGCAUGAGUUAUUUCGUGAUGAUUACUGGACCCGGAUGCAGGAUUACAUCGCUUCUGAGCACUGCACGGCAUCAUGGGAUAGGGCGGCGGCUGCGGAGAAUGUCUUGACGGCUAUGAAGGGCUAUGCGGAGUGGAAGAAGAUACAGGACAGCAUGAACAAGAAUGUGAUGAUUCCCCUGACCUGGCCCGAUGGCAAGUACGGACUUGCCAAACCCACCGAUGGUUGUCCCAACACGGAGUUCACCUGGAAUGAGGGAUGGAGAUACCAAGAUACAGAGGAUAGUGACAGCAGCAACGCCUGGAGCGAUCCUAUUCACAUGAUAAGGCUUUCUGCCAGUUACCUAACGCUAAACUUCUGUAUCAAGACCGUAUCCAACGUUGAUGAGCGAUCGAAAUGGACCUGGCAGCCCGGGAGCUACUGCAUCUUCAAGUACGGUGACAAGUGCCCUCCAGCCUUCACCGAAGGUUGGAUUUACUGGGAUGAUGAGGACAGUUCCAACCAGAACUCGUUUGGGGGGGCCGUGCCGGAUGGAGUCUACGGUCGUAACACCAGAUAUAACUUCUGUUGUCGCAGCGAUGGUGUGACUGACCGGAGCAUCUUCCUACCCACCGAUGAUAACUUUUACCUAUUCUCACAGUUCGAGAAUUGCCAGCAGGUGGACGGGAUGACGGUGACAAAGGAAUGGAUUUAUUGGGACACUGAUGACUAUGAUACCGAAGACAGUAUGUCUUCAGUACAUCCCCACCCAGGCGUCUCUAGCAACGGUAGAAACAUCAACCUCAACUUCUGCUACUACCAAAAGCAGGCUGGUAAAGGAAGUACCGAAUUUUCAUGUACAAGGCCAGAGAGUGGGGGAGAUUGUGGAAAGGGUCAUGCCGGUAUUCUACUAAAUGGUAAUGAAUAAAUAAAUAUUUCUAGUCAUAUUUGCUUUGAUACACUUUUAUUCACUUGGUAGUGACCGAGACAGUAACUGAUUCAUUCAGUAGUUUAAUUUUUGUUCUUCUUUUUUAUUCUUUCAGUGAACUUUAUUUCACAUGUAUACAUUGUUCACACUAGCAUAAUAUUGAAACAUUAUUUUAGCAUAUCAGUCAAAUCUUUUACCUGUUUUUCAUUAACCUUUGUUUUUGUUUUAGAAUUUAGAUGUGACAUCCAUUCAUACUUCAAAUCUGUUAAAAGAGUUCUACCAUUCAUUUUGCUGUUUGUUUUUUAGUUCUUAUAAAUAACAUAUUCGGCAAAAUUAUUCAAAAUGUUUACCAAGUAAUCAUCUAAAUUGCCUAUCUCAUAUCUAAUUACUAAAGUCUUCUCAUUUAUGUUGAUAUCUAAUCCAAACAAAUGAUAUAUCAAACGUGAUACAAUUUUCCAAAACACAAAUAUCUUUAGCAUCACUCUAGCAUCAUCAGCCGUGAUGUUUCAAUUGUAUUGCAAUCUUGGCAUACAUAAUCAUGUUUUGUUUUCCUUUUAUAUAGGUAAUAUUUUUACGGUAAAUACAUAUGCAAAAGUUUAAAAUUAAUUGCGUAAUGCUGGUAUCUCGUAUAGUAUUGAACUUAAAGCUUAUCUGCCGUAGUUUACAGGAGGGAUUAGACCGUUCUGCAAGGUCACUGGA